UCCACCCUCUGGACUGUGGUUUACAGCUUUGCUGCCUAAGGUCCUCCCUGGGGUGGACUGUGGGAGAGGGAAGCCCUGGUUCCCUGGUGAGCGGCGUCUGGGGUAGUCGCUAUCUUCUUUUUCACCACACAUGUGGUCUCACCGGGGCUGGGUGAGGUGUGUAUGUGUUGUUCAGUUGCUAAGUCAUGUCCAGUUCUUUGCAUCCCCAUGGACUACGGCAUGCCAGGCUUCCUUGUCCUUCACUAUCUCCCCGAGUUGGCUCCAACUCAUGUGUGCAUGCAUUUCUUUCUCCACCUACUCUGUUUGCAACAAAUCUUUUUGGGUUGGAGCUCUGGGAUGGUGUAUGCCCAACCUGUCCCCUAGAGGUGUCUCCAGGAGCAUUUUCUGGGUAUGGCUGGGCACCAGGGAACUGGAGAGCUGGGGGAUGUGCCCACUCAGGGCCUCAGUCCUGGAACUGUAGGAGAGUGAGGGGAGCACAACCAUGGAUUUCUUGGUACCCACAGAUGCCUCACUCCAGCCUGCAUCCAUCCAUCCCACAGCCCAGGGGUCACAGGGCCCAAAAGGCAGCCUUGGUCCUGCUAAGUGCCUGUCUGGUGGCCCUUUGGGGCCUGGGGGAGCCACCAGACUACACUCUCAAGUGGUUGGUGCUCCACCUGGCCUCCCAGCAGAUGGGACUGCUGAUCAAGGGGAUCUGCAGUCUAGCCGAGGAGCUGCGCCACGUCCACUCCAGGUACCACGGCAGCUACUGGAGGGCUGUGCGGGCCUGCCUGUGCUCCUCCAUGCGCUGCGGGGCCCUGCUGCUGCUGUCCUGCUAUUUCUACUGCUCCCUCCCAAACAUGGCUGGCCUGCCCUUCACUUGGAUGCUUGCUCUCCUGGGCCUCUCACAGGCACUUAACAUCCUCCUGGGCCUCCAGGGCCUGGCCCCAGCAGAGGUCUCUGCAAUCUGUGAAAAAAGGAACUUCAACGUGGCUCAUGGGCUGGCCUGGUCAUAUUAUAUUGGAUACCUGCGGCUGAUCCUGCCAGGGUUCCGGGCCCGGAUCCAAAUUUACAAUCAGUUCCACAACAACACGCUACAGGGUGCAGGGAGCCACCGGCUGCACAUCCUCUUCCCGUUGGACUGUGGGGUGCCUGACGACCUGAGCGUGGUUGACCCCAACAUUCGCUUCCUACACGAGCUGCCCCAGCAGAGUGCCAACCGUGCUGGCAUCAAGGGCCGGGUUUACACCAACAGCAUCUAUGAGCUUCUGGAAAAUGGGCAGCGGGCAGGCAUCUGUGUCCUGGAAUAUGCCACCCCCUUGCAGACCCUGUUCGCCAUGUCACAGGAUGGCCGAGCUGGCUUUAGCCGAGAGGAUCGGCUGGAACAGGCCAAACUCUUCUGCCGGACACUUGAAGACAUCCUGGCAAAUGCCCCUGAGUCUCAGAACAACUGCCGCCUCAUUGUCUACCAGGAACCUGCAGAGGGAAGCAGCUUCUCCUUGUCACAGGAAAUUCUCCAGCACCUUCGGCAGGAGGAAAGGGAGGUUACCAUGGGUAGCAUGGAGACCUCUGUGAUACCCGCUUCCUCUGCACUGUCCCAAGAGCCUGAGCUCCUCAUCAGUGGCAUGGAAAAGCCUCUCCCACUCCGCUCAGAUGUCUUCUGAGGCCCCAGUCACCUUUCCUGAGGCCCCGGCCAACUGAGAGGAUUUCUUUCUUCAGCAGCUGGAGGCCUAGCAGAACCGUUUCCUCCCUCUCAGAGAAGGUCCUUGGACUUGACAUUUCAAGAUGAAUCCUGUGACCUUGGGCAAGUUGUUUUACCUCUGUGAGCCUCAGUGUCCUCAUCUAUGAAAUGGGAUUAUAAUCAUUGCCUUAUCUACCUCACAGGGUAGUUAUGAGUAGUAUGGCUGUAUGAGUUUUCUGCAAACUCUAAAUGCCAGGUCAGGGGCUUCCCUGGUGGCCCAGUGGUUAAGAAUCCAUCUGCCAACCUCGAGGAUGUGAGUUCGAUCCCUGGUGUGGGAAGAUUCCACAUGCCUCAGAGCAGCUAAGCCUGUUCCGCACAACUACUGAGCCCGUGAGCCGCAACUACUGAGCACAUGCGCCAUGACUGCUGAAGGCCACACCUAGAGCCUGUGCUCUGCGACGAGAGAAGCCACCGAAUGAGAAGCCCGUGCACUGCACUAAGAGUAGCCCCUGCUCACUGCAGCCAAAGCGCGCGUGCAGCAACAAAGACCCAGCACAGCCAGAAUAAUAAUAAAUAAAUGAAGAAAUCCGUAAAAACUAAGAAAUGUAAACUUAUUACAAGGUAAUAUCUACUUAUUAUAAAUAAGGUAAACUUCAGGGAUCUUCCAGGUGUCCUCCAUUGGAUGCUCAGACCUACCCUCCACCUCUCCUCUGUCCUAGGAUGGCGUCAACAGGCGCCCUCGCCCUCUGACUUCUGGUCACAUUCAGACAGUGGGAAGCUGCAGUGAGAGAAGGGAGUGGAGGGGGGUGAGGCUGGGACAUUUAUUCCUCCACGUCCCUCCCAGGAGUUUCAAGGUCACUGUGGGCUCUCUUCAUCUCUAGAACUAAAGGACCCUUUCAGUAACCCUGUCUAUCUCCAGGUUUCAUUAACUUGCUCCUCCCCAACCCUCUUCAGGCCUGACCAUGGUACUGGCGUCUCACUGAUGCUCACCUGGAAUUCUCCCUCUCACUUGUAGUUUCCUUAUACCUGCCCUUUCUAAAUAGUCCCCUUCAAUUUGUAUUAAAAUUUUUUAAA